AUGGCCACAGUGCGGCUGCAUCCGGACGCAGUGUCGUUUAUGGCCGUCUGCGGCGACCUGCUCCUCUCUCAUGUCGCGAUGAAUCAGCACCUCCUAUCCAACGCCCACAACACGUCGCUCGACAGCACCUCUAGGCUGCUGUUCUCCGUUCUCGACGGCAACGAUCAAGUCGUGGCGGCGGUAGUGGUGGCACAGGUUAUGAACCGCCAAAGCUUUGUCGCAGCAAACAUCGCCGGUGCGCUCAGCCCAGACGCCGCCAAGGCUGUCGUGCAAUCCGCCCGCGAGGAGAAUGCAUCCCUCGUCUCCCGCGUCUCCAUGAGCAUGGGUGGCCCUGCGUCACGUCAAGCCUUUGCGUCGGCUUUCCUCGACGCGUUCCCGGGCGUGACCGCCACGCCAGGCCUCUCGGCGAUUGCCAUGGAGCUGCGAGGGGAUUGCGCCUUGGCAUCCGCGGCACCGGGGGGCACGCUCCAGCGGGUGGUGAGUGGAGGUGACUCGACGGCCGGUGCGCUCACAACGGACCUGUGUGUGUGCUCGUCGGCUCUGCUCGACUGCUUGGCGGCGUGGAACGUCGAGUUCGCUCGCGACGCCCUUGGCAGCGUAUCGGCGCCGCCCAGCCUCGACGAGUGCCGUGAGACGCUGCGAGAGGGCCCUCUCUCGCGCGGCGACUUGUACGUCUGGCAUGUCGAGGGCGAAGGUGUGGUCUCCAUGGCCUGCGUGGGGCGUCGACUCCUCGAGAUUGGCGUCUCGCUGAGCCUCGUGUACACGCCGCCCGAGCGCCGCUGCAACGGAUACGCGGGGCAGCUCCUGGCGGCGAUGUGCUCUGCGCUCUCUGCGCAGGGCAAGCGGGUCUUCCUGCUGGCCGACGCAAGCAGCAGGUUUGGCACGGUGCGGUUGUAUGAGAGGCUCGGGUUCUCGAACGAUGGUGAGUACGGCGAUAUACGCUUCACGAGAGAGGCACAGGCGUGA